AUGGUGAAGUGUAGACGGUUUGAAUGUACAGAUGCCUUUCAAAGGGAAUCCAGAAUGCUCCUCCGGCAUUCCUGUUUAAAGAGCAGUGACAAAAAAGAAAAUGCUAACUUGGAAAAUACCUUUAUAAGAGGGGAGUGGGGUGAGAAGGGGGGCGAGGAUGUCACCAUAUUUUAUCGGAGCACUUUACACUCCACGCUAAACUUUGAUCUCCAGAUUUUCAGAUUUAGGAAAGAAAGAGGGGGAAAGGGUGGAGGGGAGGAAGUCCAGUAUUUCGAAGCACCUACCGGCCUGAGGAUGGGCACAUUCCUCGCUCCCGGUGCCUUAUCGCUAGGCUCGCGCCACCCCGGCUGGCUCUUUGGGGACGGAGAACCCCUAGUGCCGCCUGGGGCUCUCCGGUAUCCCUGGACCCCGCGCCCGCGGCCGCCUCGACUUACCCGCGGAGUCCGGGGAGGGAGUAGGAGCGCCGCCUUCACGCCCGCGGAGGAGGCGCCGGCAGCACCAUGGUCCCCGGCGCCGCUGCCGCUGCCCCCGGCCCGCUCGCUCGCUCGCCGCGCGCUCUCUUCCUCUUACAAACUUUCGGGUUCUGCAGUCGACAAGAAACCGGGGCGACCCUCAGCAAGUCUUCCCCGUGCAGGCUGGGGGGAACUGAAGGGGACGGGACGGUAGAGACGGGGUUUCACCAUGUUGGCCAGAAUGGUCUUGAACUCCAGACCUCAAGUGAUUUGCCUGCCUCGGCCUUCCAAAGUGCUGGGAUUACAUGCGUGAGCCACCACGCCCGCCUCCUGUCCACAAUCUACCUGUCAAACAAAGAUGGGCUAAUUAAACGGAUGCCAACUAAUCGGAAAACUUCUGGAAUUGCCGUCCCUGGAAAUCCUGGCAAGACACAGGACCCAGAAUCCUCCCCAUUAAUAUUGACACUGUAGUGACCAAUCACCAUUAAGAGGUGCCAGAUAGCAACUGGAACUGGCAAGUAGUCAGGUCUUUCAGCGGCACCCCCAGAAAUCCUGUCCUAUAAAUGGUACUUCACUCUAAUGCAAACUUUGCUAAAUGUUUUAACCUUGUCGUGUAAUGCGGGGGUAAAAAGAGUACUUGAUAGGGUUAACACAUAUAAUGCAUUUAGAAGAGCAAUUCGCAGGUGGUUAACAUCUGCAACAUUUGCUAUUAUUAUUAUUGGUAGUAAAAAUUAUCUAGCAUCUGUAAACACUUGCUAUUAUUAUUGAUACUAAAAGUUAUCCAUGAGCUUUUUUUCUUCUUCUUCUUACUAUGCAAAGUUGGGAUUCUGAAGUGAACAGCUGCACGGUGUUAUCAUCUUUCUACACAUUCACACAUAACAAUCUUAAUGAUAUAUCACAAUGAAUAAUUUGACGUUAUUUAACUCUCCUUACUCUGAGCUGUGGACUGCAUCAAACCCAACUCGAAUAGCGUUCCUGCUCUUCAAAUUUCGGCGGUGAAGCCAUUCAUAAAUAAAAAACAGCUUCUUGUUUUGUAUGAAUCAAUUCACAAGAUAAAUAUUUAAAUAAAAUGUGGCUUCAAUUGUGCUCUCUGAUGAUAAUUGCUGGCUCACACUCUGUUUCUAUAUCAAUGUGUUUUCUUUUAUUUUUUCCCCCAAGCUGACUAAUGAACAGAGCUGUCAGAAGCCCAUUGCUCAUGAUCUAGCGAGCAACACAUUAGCAGUUUCACAUAAAUAUAAAAACCACAUUCACUGCAGCUAGGGAAAUAUACACAUAGCACACAAAAACUCCAAUAUACUCCAGUGCUAUCAACAAAUAAAGAAUCCUGGGUGAUAAAUAUGAUUAGCUAAGUAACUGACACUCUCUUAACAUAGGAAACAGCCCUGCAUCACCCCAGCUGUCAAUAAAUAAAAGAUAAUUCAAAGAACAAACUCCUUUGUGUAUAGAGCAUCCUCUACUUUGAAGAGCCCACAAAAUUCUAUAUCUGACAUUGUAAAGAAAAAAAGGCAUACUUAUGUAAUUUGGGGAUAUUUACAAUCCCUAUGCUGCACAAAAUCACAUGCUCUUAAAUUUAUACUCCACUCAAAGUGGGGAGAAUCCAGGAUGCUCUCUACCUUUAAGACUCAAAAUUGUUUUAAAUGUCAUUUCAUUCAUAUCCUUCAUCUCUCCAUGGGCUGUUCUGUUCCAAUUUUACAGUUUAUUCAUUUCAUAAAAAUGUAUCAAGUCAUUACCAUGCGACUAGCACCGCUGGGGAAGAUGGAGUCCAGGAAGAAAACUUCCAGGCUCCUACAGUCAUCAAAAGAGCCAGAAAUGAGAGGUCACUGGCUCCCAAACCGCUGCACCCGCUAGAAGCACUGUAAACUCUCAAACAGCAGUUCUCUAAGAUAAAUAUUUAAAUAAAAUGUGUUUUCAAUUGUACUCUUCGAUGAUAAUUACUGACUCACCCCCAUGAUU